AGCGCGGGGAUCCGAGGGGGAAAGAGCCAGCCUGGGCCAUGGAGGGGCUCAGGGAUCCGAGCUGGGGCUCCGCGAGCAGCUCCAGGGUGGGGAGGAGAAGCCCCACAAGUGCUCGGAGUGCGGGAAGAGCUUCAGCUGGAGAUCCAACCUGAUCAAGCAUUGCAGAAUCCACCACACGGGCCGACAGGUGGGAUCUGAGGGGGAAAAACCCACCCUGGCCCAGGGUCAGAAAUCAGAGCUGGGGGUCCCUGAGCAGCUCCAGGAUGGGGAGAAGCCCCACAAGUGCUCGGAAUGUGGGAAGAGCUUCAGGUUGAGAUCCUGCCUGAUUAUCCACCAGAGAAUCCACACGGGGGGACAGCUGAGAUCUAAGGGAGAAAAACCCACCUUGGACCAGGGAGGGGCUCAGAGAUCCGAGCUGGGGGUCCCUGAGCAGCUCCAGGAUGGGGAGGAGAAGCCCCACAAAUGGUCGGAGUGCGGGAAGAGCUUCAUGCUGAGUUCCCACCUGGUUGCCCACCUGAGGAACCACAUGGAGCAACAGCUGAGAUCUCAGGGGGAAGAACCCACCCUGGACCAGGGUCAGAGCUCAGAGCUGGGGGUCCUUGAGCAGCUCCGGGAUGGGCAGAAGAAGCCCCACAAGUGCUCGGAGUGCGGGAAGAGCUUCACCAAGAGGUCCAGCCUGGUUGCCCACCAGAAGAUUCACACGGGGCAACACCUGGGAUCUGAGGGGGAAAAUCCCAACUUGGACCUGGGUCAGAGCUCGGAGCUGGGGGUCCCUGAGCAGCUCCAGGGUGGGCAGAAGAAGCCCCACAAGUGCUCAGAGUGCGGGAAGAGCUUCAUUUGGAGAUCGUCCCUAAACAAGCACUGCAGAAUCCACCACACGAGGGAACAGCUGAGAUCUGAGGGGGAAGAACCCACCCUGGGUCAGAGCUCAGAGCUGGGGGUCUCUGAGCAGCUCCGGGAUGAGGAGAAGAAGCCCCACAAGUGCCCGGAAUGCGGGAAGAGCUUCAUUUGGAGAACGUCCCUAAACAAGCACUGCAGAAUCCACCACACGAGGGGACAGCUGAGAUCUGAGGGGGAAAAACCCAAAUUGGACCAGAGCUCAGAGCUGGGGGUCUCUGAGCAGCUCCGGGAUGAGGAGAAGAAGCCCCACAAGUGCCCAGAAUGCGGGAAGAGCUUCAGGUGGAGAGCCAACCUGAUCAAGCAUUGGAGAAUCCACCACACGGGGGGACAGCUGAGAUCUGAGGGGGAAGAACCCACCCUGGGUCAGAGCUCAGAGCUGGGGCUCCCUGAGCAGCUCCGGGAUGAGGAGAAGAAGCCCCACAAGUGCCCGGAAUGCGGGAAGAGCUUCAGGAAGAGAGCCAACCUGAUGGAGCACAGCAGGGUCCACACUGGGGAGAAGCCCUACAAGUGUGGGGAGUGUGGGCAGAGCUUCAGCUGGAGCUCCCAGCUGGUUCUCCACCAGAGGAGGAUCCACACUGGGGAGAAACCCUACGUGUGCCCGUACUGCGGGAAGGGCUUCCCCUGCAAGUCCCACCUGAGCAGCCACCUGAGGACCCACACGGGGGAGAAACCCUACGAGUGUGAGCAGUGCCAGAAGAAGUUUCAGAGCAGCUCCAACCUCCUCGUGCACCGGCGCUCGCACACGGGGGAGAGGCCGUUCCGCUGCCCCGAGUGCGGGAUGAGCUUCAAGGAGAACUCGGCCCUCGUCAGGCACCGCCGGACCCACACCGGGGAGAGGCCCUACGAGUGUGAGCAGUGUAAAAGUUCGUUUCCCACCAAGUCCCAUCUGGCGGACCACCAGCGAAUCCACACCGGGGAGAAACCGUUCUGCUGCCCCGAUUGCGGGAGGGGAUUCGCGCAAAAGUCCAGCCUGGUCAAGCACCGGCGGAUCCACACUGGGGAGAGACCUUACGUGUGUGGGCAGUGUGGGAAGAGCUUCACGCAGAGCUCCAACCUGAUCGCCCACCAGAGGGGCCACGCGGAGCGGCCCUACAAGUGCGAGCACUGCUGGAGGAGCUUCUCGCAGAGCUCCAGCCUGAUCGUGCACCAGCGCUGCCACACCGAGGUGAGGCCCUACGAGUGCAGGAAGUGCGGCAAGAGCUUCACCACCAGGUCCUGCCUGCUCACCCACCAGAUGAUCCACACCGGGGAGCGGCCCUACGAGUGCGGGCAGUGCGGGAAGGGCUUCAUAUCCAAGUCCCACCUGGUUUACCACCAGAGGGGCCACACCGGGGAGAAGCCCUACGAGUGUGAGCAGUGCAAGAAGAGGUUCCUGACCAGCUCCCACCUCCUCAGCCACCAGCUGAUGCACACCAAGGAGAGGCCGUUUUGCUGCCCUGAUUGCGGGAGGGGAUUCAGGCAAAGGUCCAAACUGGUCGUGCACCAGAGGUUCCACACUGGGGAGAAACCCUACGAGUGUGGUCAAUGCAAGAAGAGGUUCCUGACCAGCUCCUGCCUCCUUGUCCACCAGAGGAUCCACAAAGGUGAGAAACCCUUCAGCUGCCCUGACUGUGGCAAGAACUUCAGCCAGAAGUCCAACCUCGUCGUCCACCGGCGCAUCCACACCGGGGAGAAACCCUACGAGUGUCCCCAGUGUGGCAAGAGCUUCAGGACAAACUGCCAGCUGGUUGUCCACCACAGGAUCCACACUGGAGAACGUCCCUACGAGUGUCCCCAGUGUGGGAAGAGCUUCAGGGAGAACGCAGGGCUGGUGGCCCACCAGAGGAUCCACACUGGAGAACGUCCCUACGAGUGUGGGCAGUGCGGCAAGAGCUUCAGCCAGAGCUCAGGGCUGGUGGCCCACCAGAGGAUCCACACGCGAGAACGCCCCUACAGGUGUGGGCAGUGUGGCAAGAGCUUCACCCGCAACUCCCAGCUGGUUUUUCACCAGAGGAGCCACCCGAGGCAUCGCCGAGAGGGAUCUGAGGGGGAAAAACCCACCCUGGCUCACGGAGGUGGUCAGAGGUCAGAGCUGGAGGUCCGCGAGCAGCUCCAGCGUGGGGAGAAUUCCCACAGAUGCCGGGAAUGCGGGAAGAGCUUCACGUCUAAGUCCUCCUUGGUCACCCACCACCGCAUCCACACCGGGGAGAGACCCUACGAGUGUCUGCAGUGCGGGAAGAGCUUCAGGGAGAGCUCGGCCCUCAAGGUGCACCGCAGGAUCCACACCGGAGAGCGUCCCUACAGGUGCGGGCAGUGCGGGAAGGGCUUCACCUCCAACACGGAGCUGACCAUCCACCGCAGGAGGCACACGGGGGAGCGGCCCUACGAGUGCCCCCAGUGCGGCAAGAGCUUCACCCGGAGCUCCCACCUGAUGGUCCACCUGAGGUGCCACACCGGCGAGAGGCCCUACGAGUGCCCGCAGUGCGGCAAGAGCUUCAGGACGAGCUCCUGCCUGAUGGAGCACCGGAGGAUCCACACGGGGGAGAAACCCUACGAGUACGGGCGGUGCGGGAAGGGCUUCGUGGUGAGGUCCCACCUGAAGAUCCACCAGAGGAGCCACACGGGCGAGAAGCCCUUCAGGUGCCAGCUGUGCGGGAAGAGCUUCAGCACCAGCUCCUACCUGAACGUCCACCGGAGGUACCACAGCGGGGAGAGGCCCUACGAGUGUGGGGAGUGCGGGAGGAGCUUCAUCACGCGCUCGCUGCUGGUCGUCCACCAGAGGAUCCACACCGGCGAGAGGCCCUACGUGUGUGAUGUCUGCAGGAAGGGCUUCAGGACCAGCUACUGGCUCCUGGUGCACCGGCGCUCUCACACGGAUGAAAAACCCUUCCGGUGCCCCGACUGCGGGAAGGGCUUCAGGGACAACUCCACCCUCACCGUGCACCGGCGCGUCCACACCGGCGAGAGACCCUACCUGUGCGCCCAGUGCGGGAAGACCUUCAUGCUGAGCUCCCAGCUGGUGGUCCACCAGAGGAGCCACACGGGAGAACGCCCCCACAGGUGUGAGGAGUGCGGGAAGAGCUUCACCACUCGCUGCGGCCUGGCUGACCACCGGAGGAUCCACACCGGGGAGAAACCCUACGAGUGCGGGCAGUGUGGGAAGAGCUUCUCCACCGGCUCCUGCUUGAGGUCCCACCAGAAGACCCACAGCGACGAGAAGCCCUUCGAGUGUUCGCUGUGCGGGAGGAGGUUCAGGGUGAGCUCCAGCCUCAGGAGGCACCAGAGCACGCACGCGAGCGCGCACGCUGGGGAGAAACCUUUCCGCUGUCCCGACUGCGGCAGGGGCUUCAAGCUCAGCGCCUUCCUGGCCAAGCACCGGCUGAUCCACGCCGGCGAUGGGCCCCGCGAGUGUCUCCAGUGUGGGAAGAGGUUCUCGGCCACGUCUCUGCUGGCCAGGCACCGGUGGAAGUACCACUGAGGGCAGCGCUGUUGGUGGCCCGAGUGCUGGAAGAGCUCGGUGGGCUUCUCCAGCUCUGUCCCAGAAAAAUCUCAAUUUUUCCAUCUUUUGGUGGUCUUAAGCAACGCUAGAUAGCCUUGGAGGUCUUCUCCACCGUGGGAGGAUCUGCUCUGGAUGGUCCUCAGUGAGCCCAGGUGGGCAGAGCCCAGGUGAUCCAGGUUUGGAGGACACCUGGCUGAAGGUUCCACAUCCUCCUGCCCAGGUGGGCAAAGCCACCUUGAUCCCUGUUUGGAGGACACCUGGCUGAAGGUUCCACAUCCUCCUGGGUUUGUCAACUUCUGAGACUGGAAAAAUCUCAUUUUUCCCAUCUUUUGGUGGUCUUAAGCCACACUAGAUAUCCUCAGAGGUCUUCUCCACCAUCAAUCCAUCCCCCAUGGGAGGAUCUGCUCUGGAUGGUCCUCAGUGAGCCCAGGUGGGCAGAGCCAAGGUGAUCCAGGUUUGGAGGACACCUGGCUGAAGGUUCCACAUCCUCCUGCCCAGGUGGGCAAAGCCACCUUGAUCCAUGUUGGGAGGACACCUGGCUGAAGGUUGCACAUCCUCCUGGAUUUGCCAAAUUCUGAGCCUGGAAAAAUCUCAUUUUUCCCAUCUUUUGGUGGUCUUAAGCCACACUAGAUAUCCUCAGAGGUCUUCUCCACCAUCAAUCCAUCCCCCAUGGGAGGAUCUGCUCUGGAUGGUCCUCAGUGAGCCCAGGUGGGCAGAGCCAAGGUGAUCCAGGUUUGGAGGACACCUGGCUGAAGGUUCCACAUCCUCCUGCCCAGGUGGGCAAAGCCACCUUGAUCCAUGUUGGGAGGACACCUGGCUGAAGGUUGCACAUCCUCCUGGAUUUGCCAAAUUCUGAGCCUGGAAAAAUCUCAUUUUUCCCAUCUUUUGGUGGGCUUAAGCCACACUAGAUAUCCUCAGAGGUCUUCUCCACCAUCAAUCCAUCCUCAACGGGAGGAUCUGCUCUGGAUGGUCCCCAGUGAGCCCAGGUGGGCAGAGCCAAGGUGAUCCAGGUUUGGAGGACACCUGGCUGAAGGUUCCACAUCCUCCUGGAUUUGUCACCUUCUGACCCCAGAAAAAUGCCACUUUUUCCAUCUUUUGGUGGUCUUAAGCCACAUUAGAUAUCCUUGGAGGUCUUCUCCAACACCAAUCCAUCGUUUCUGGCCCACGGGCAUCUUCCGCAGCGAAACGGAGUGAGAUUGGGGCAAAACCCACAAUUUUGGAGACAGUGGGGUGGAAACCUCCAAACGUGGGAAGGUGGGAAGUUGAAGAACCUCCAAAAAAGGUUCUUCCCACCCAUCCAAGGACAUGGGUGCUCAGGGACACGUGGUUGGACUUUCUUGGAUUUGGUUUUGGAGUUAGAAGGUUUCUGUUCAUCUCUUUGAAAGCCCCAAAAUUGGGGCAGAAAUAAAAAUGUUGAUCUGUGG